AUAUUUAGGACAUUCGUCUAUAGGCCUAUAUUACCUGUAAUAGACCAGGAUUGUGCUAGUCGAUACCUAGACAAGUAACAAGAUGCCAGCAUACAAGUUGAUGUACUUUGACACUAAGGGGAGAGCCGAGGUCAUCCGAUUGGCCUUUGUGGUAGCUGGACAGUCGUUUGAGGAUAAGAGAUUUCCAAUGGAAGAAUGGCAAACCGUGAAACCGACAAUGCCACAAAAGCAGUUGCCGUGUCUUCAGGUAGAUGGUCGUCUUAUCCCUCAGUCCGGAGCUAUCAUGAGAUAUGUAGCCAGGGAAUUUGGGUUGUACGGGGACAAUAAUGACGAAAACACUCGUGUUGACGUCAUCAUAGGAACCGCCGAAGACUUUUUGAAGAGCGCCAUUGCAAUUCAUUAUGAAAAAGACGAAACCAAAAAAGCAGAACUAAAGAAAGAUCUGGAAGAAAACAAGAUUCCUCAGUUUUUCAGCUUGUUGGAAGACAUUUUAAAGGAAAAUAAUGACGGGGAUGGUUUUUUUGUUGGUAAAAAGAUAUCGUUAGCGGACAUUUUGAUUUAUGACAUCACUGACCAGGUCGGCGCUACUGCGAAACUUCCGGCUUUCCCACCAAAACUGGGAGGGCUGAUCGAGAGAGUGAAGAACUAUCCCAAGAUAAAGGAAUAUCUAGCUAAAAGAGGAAAGUGAACACAAAAUGAAAAGUUAACAUAAAACAAACAUAUAACAAAUCCGUUAGUUUGAAACUAUUUCUUUUUUAAGGCCUGCCGUGUACAUGUAUAAAUACAGGUAAUUUUGAGGACAUUUCUCAUGUUUCAUCAAACGUUAAUUCAAAGUCACCAUUUUAUAAUAUCUAUAUGUAAGCUGUAAUGUAUUAGCUUAUGUAUUGUGUUAAUAAAAUAAAUUGUUGAAAAAAGUCAUCUUCAUCUACU